AUGGCUACUCAAAUUGGUGAUAGUUUGGCUGGUGAUACAACAGAUGGUAAAUCGAUCGUUCAUAUACCAUCUGGCAUUUUGGUUAAGAACUCUGAGACAACUUUGGAUGACCUCGUUAAUUUUGAUAAAGCAAUUCUUGCACCAACUUUGGAUUGUGUCACUGAUGUCAACAACAAGAUGACUGAGGGUUACCUGGACACGAAAGAGCCUACCACCACAAAGUUGAUCGUGAAAGUUGGCGCUCCUAUUAUGUUGCUGCGGAUUAUAAAUCAAACUAAUGGUUUGUGCAAUGGAACGAGAACGCAAGUGGCUGCCGUCUCUGAGAGCAUUGAACAACUAUAUGAAAAAGUUUCAGUCAAGGGCAAUUGUUCCUCCCAGAUUAAAGAUGAAUAUUAUCUCCACUUAGUUAGGGCUGUUUAUAGUACUUUAAACUAUAUUGUUCCUGAAAAUGAUGAAGAGGAUGAGGAAGAUGUCUCACUGACACCAGGCGGUGAUUUUGUCAAAAUUGAUCUAGUUGAUCAAAAUGGAAUUAUAGUUCCAUUGCUAAGGCUAAAGGUUCAGAUACUGAUAUCUACUGCUAUAUCAAAUGAUGAAGAUAAUUUUAUUGAGCUAGACAAGAGAUCUUCCAUUCCUGAUGAUGCAUUCAACAUCAAAAUUAAUAUGAACAAACCAGUAUCUCCAACUAUAAGAGUUGCAACGAGAGAGAAAAACAUAUCAAAGUCAAUGAAGUAUUGUUUAGAUGAGAUUAAAGACAAAGAUUAUGUUGCAAAGCAAAUAAGAGCUGUGAUAAGAGAAGUUGGUCUCUCAAAUGUAGUGCAAAUUAUGACUGAUAGUGCAUCGAUUUGUAAAGUGUAA